AUGACUAGGAAUAAGAAACUUAAGGACGAGACAGCAGCAGCCGUUCAACUAAUAACCGAGCAAAGAGGAAGAUUCAAAGAAGAUAAUUUCCUUCGCAAGGUGAAAGAAAUGUUUCUUGAGGAGGAGAAACAACGCAUACCAAUCGCACAAGGGCUCCCAUUGACGACUGAAUAUCCUCAGUGCUUGGUCAGGCCAUUUGUAAAGGAAUCAACUGAGCCUGUUGAUCUUGUUCUUCAUACUGAUGUUCGUGCAGUAGAACGUGCUGAAUUUGAUCUCCAAAUUGCUGAAAAAAUGAGCCUCAUGGAGCAAAUAAAAUUGGAAAGAGAGAGACUACAAAAGUUGGAAGAAGAAGAGGAGAUCCGAAGACUGAGAAAAGAGCUUGUGCCCAAAGCUCAGCCUAUGCCUUACUUCGAUCGCCCCUUCAUUCCAAAGAGGUCAAGGAAACCUCAGACGAUGCCGAAGGAACCAAGGCUUCAAAUUGGCCAAAAAAAGAAAUGUGUAAGGGAGAAAAGGAAGCCAAUAUAUGCUCAACAAACAGCAGAAUAAGUGUGAGUUCCAGUGAAUGCUUGGAAAACUUCACUUCUCUAGUGUAUUUAUUAUUGAUUUAGCA